UUUGAGGAUGUUACUUAAAAGUACUGCAUUUCUGGCAUUAUUUGUCAUCUUGGUGAGUGGUGAAGAAAAGCACAGAGAGAACAUCGUUGAUAAAGAAAGACGCCACCACGAAAAUGAAGCAGAUGUAGAUCAUGAAGCAUUCCUGGGAAAAGAUCACGGACAUGACUACGAUGAUAUGGAUGAAGAUGAGAGCAAGGCUAAACUAGCCGCACUUUUGCCGAAAGUUGAUGCUGACGGUGAUGGUGAUAUUGAUGAAACUGAGCUGAAAAAUUGGAUCAAGUUGCAGAUCAUGGAUUACGUUCAGAAAGACGCUCAAAAUGCCCUGCCCAAUGAAGAUACUGAUAAAGACGGUGUUGUGACGUGGGAGGAAUAUGUUACAAACACAUUCGGGGAACAAUACCUCAACAGGGAGGCCGGUGAAGAUGACGGUAAAGAUGACGGUAAAGUUGACGAUGAUGAUGAUGACGAUGAAACGUACGCCAGAUACGUUAAACGAGACAAGCAGAGGUUUCAGCUGGCUGAUCAGGAUGAUGACAUGAAGCUGACAUUUGAGGAAUUCACUGCAUUCCUCCACCCUGAGGAAUUCGAACACAUGGCAGAUGUCGUGAUUGCGGAAACAAUGGAGGAUAUGGACGAGAACCAGGAUGGUAAAAUCUCACUUUCAGAAUAUGUCGGAGAAAUGGAAAACGACGAUGACGACGAUGACGACGAAGAUGGUAGAGCGAGAAAGAAGAGUUUCCAGGAAAAACAAAGACAAGGACCACGAUGGUUACCUGAGCACGGAAGAAGUAGGCUGCCUGGAUAGUGCCCUCUGAGAUAAACUACAGUCUGGAGGAGGCACAACACUGCUAGAGAAAGCGGACACUAACAAGGACGGGGUUCUGUCUUACCAGGAAGUGAUUGAGCACCACGAAGUGUUUGUUGGGUCCCAGGCUACCGACUACGGCAGGAUUCUCCAUGAGGAGCUGUAGGAGUCUCACUGAAAAAAGCUGGAGCAAUUUCAAUCAGAGAUAGUACUGUCUUUCAAACAGUAUAAGAGACACAUCUCUCUUCAAAGCUGUCUCUCUCCUCAACAGUUCAGGAGACAUGUCUUCCUCCUUGCAGACUGGUUGAUAUUACUCCACUUUAUCAUGUUGGUUAUGUAAAAGGGCUGGAGACAAUUUCUCGCUGAUUUUGAGCCAUUAGGCUAGGAGUGCUUUCUUUACGCUGCCCCCUAUUCAUUGACUAUGAUACGCUAGUUAAAUAUUAUUUAUACAGUAUAUCUUUUGCCAAAUUUAGUAUUAUAUGUAUAAAGAACUGAAAAUAGGUAAUGUUUAUUUUUUCGUAUCGGUAAUUUAGCGGUUGUCAUAUUAAUAAUACAUGUAUAUUUUUUGAUGAUAUGAUGUAAAUUUGACAUUUAUUUCACCCGAGUUUUAAAAUUAAGAGUGUGUGCGACCUAUUUUACUUUUAAACGGUUUUUGGAACGAGGAACAAUUCCAUAUUUAUUUUAAUUACCUCAUUUAUUAACCUUAUUAUUUGAACACGAUAAUUGUCAUGACCAUUGAGGAUGGUGGAGUUCAAUAUUUAUAUAGUUAUAAUUGUUUUGUUCGUGUUCUCUUUUCUAAAGGCUACCAUACGUAUUAUAAUUGGUAAUCUAUAAUGCUAAUUUAUUAAGUUUAAUUAAACGAAUAUUCCGUGA